AAAAACCGCAUCAGAGAGCGGGUAGUUUCAUCAUCUGCUCCGACACCAGCGCUCCUAUCUGUCGUCUUUCUUCCUCUCUCCACUCACUUUAAAACCACCAGAAGACAUUAAAGGUAAUCUGCUGCUGCUGCAAAAUUCUGUGACCACAGCCUUUGCUACUUCCUGAUCUCUGUGAAGCGACUGUGGCCUGGCUGAUACGAACACGAAGGGAGCAAUACUUGACGAGUAACUUACCCAUCCCAUCUGUCCAAACUUCUCCUGUACCUGCCGGUCACACGUGUUCUGUUUAAGCUGUGUCAAUCACACACACACGCACUCACACUAGAAGGAUUUAAAACGCAUAGCCUGCUUCUGCGCCCACACACAGUCACAGCAAACAUGACCAGCCAUCUGUCCACCUUUGGAAAAAUCCUGCUGCGUCGCAGGAAACUAGACUUGUCAAGUGUAGAGACCCAGUUCGCCCGCUGCUUGUCCACCCUGGACCUCAUUGCCUUGGGAGUGGGCUCCACGCUGGGUGCUGGUGUCUACGUCCUCGCUGGUGAGGUCGCGCGAGACAAGGCGGGACCCGCCAUCGUGCUCUGCUUCCUCAUCGCCGCUCUGUCCUCCAUGCUGGCCGGCCUGUGCUACGCCGAAUUUGGCGCCCGUGUCCCUAAGACGGGCUCCGCAUACCUGUACAGCUAUGUGACAGUCGGAGAAAUCUGGGCCUUCAUAACAGGAUGGAAUCUCAUCUUGUCUUAUGUCAUAGGUACAGCCAGUGUGGCCCGGGCUUGGAGUUCAACCUUUGACAACCUGGUGGAACAAAAGAUCUCGGGCUUCUUUAAAGCCUCCAUGGCAAUGAAGGUGCCAGGCGAGGUGCUGGCAGAGUACCCGGACCUGUUCGCCCUCAUCCUGGUGCUGCUGCUCACUGGACUUCUGGCCUUUGGCGUGAGUGAGUCGGCUCUCGUGAACAAAAUCUUCACUGGGAUCAAUCUGGUGGUUUUGGGGUUCGUUAUUAUCUCCGGCUUCGUUAAAGGGGACACUAAUAACUGGCACCUCACAGAGAACGACUACAGGGAAUUCAUAAACAGCACCAAUGGCAGCAGGGCGCUGAAGUUGGAGAACGAAUACGGCACUGGUGGAUUUGCCCCAUUUGGACUUAACGGAGUUUUGUCCGGUGCAGCCACGUGCUUCUAUGCCUUUGUGGGCUUUGACUGCAUUGCCACAACAAGCGAAGAGGCAAAGAACCCCAUGCGCUCCAUACCUAUUGGCAUCGUGGCCUCGCUGCUCAUCUGCUUUUUCGCCUACUUCGGCGUGUCUGCCGCUCUCACCAUGAUGAUGCCAUACUACCAGCUGAACACUCAGAGUCCUCUGCCCGAGGCCUUCAGCUUUGUCGGCUGGGGUCCUGCUCGAUACAUCGUGGCUGUCGGUUCUCUCUGUGCUCUGUCCACCAGCCUCUUGGGCUCCAUGUUCCCUAUGCCCCGUGUUAUUUACGCCAUGGCAGAGGAUGGGCUGCUGUUCCGAUUUCUGUCUAAGAUGAGCGCUCGCACAAAGACCCCUGUCCUGGCUACCAUUGUUUCUGGUAUUGUUGCAGCUCUGAUGGCCUUUCUGUUCGACCUGGCAGCUCUGGUGGAUCUCAUGUCCAUUGGAACCCUUUUGGCGUACUCUUUAGUGGCCAUCUGCGUCCUCAUUCUCAGGUAUCAGCCAGGUACCCUAAAUUCACCCAGCCAGCUGGAGAAGCUUAUGGAGGAAUCGGAGAAGAUGCCUGUGAGUGGAGGGGAGAGUGGCGAUGAAUAUGACAUGGAGAUGGAUCAGAGGCCACUAAAAGAGACAUUCAGCUUCAAGCUGCUCUUCUGCCCAAGUGGAAAGAUCCCCACAGUCCUGUCUGGGAACAUUGUCUACGCUACAACUGCUGUCAUCUCGAUUUUGAUGACUGUCCUGUGCGUCAUCCUGGCCAACUGUUUGCCAGAGCUGCUCGCUGGAUAUUCGGGUGUGGUGGCGCCGUGCAUUAUUUUAGCUCUGCUCUGUGCCGUCUGCGUGAUCAUCAUCUGGAGGCAGCCAGAGAGCAAAGAGGCUCUCACCUUCAAGGUUCCUCUUCUUCCCUGGUUGCCCCUGUUCAGUGUUUUCGUCAACAUCUACCUCAUGAUGCAGCUGGACUUGGGUACAUGGUGCCGCUUCACCGUCUGGAUGGCUUUGGGUUUUGCCAUUUACUUCUUCUAUGGCAUUAAAAACAGCAACGAAAGCGGCAACAAGCCACCCCCACGCAAAUAUGAGCUCCCCGUGGAGAACAAUGCCCCAAUUUACAAGGGUGCUCCCAACAGUGACGUGGAAGCAGGCAGCAGCCCUUGA